AACUAUCGUCAUAGGAACUUUUGCAGCCCGGAAGCUCUGAGUGUAGCAGCCAUGAAGAUGACGGGAGAAAACAGAGCAGAGGGCUCUGAAAUAACAAUGGACGACGUGAAAAACCUUAUUAAAAAGAAAGAUGAAAUCGAAGAGCAGAUAAAGGCUUACCAAGAUGUCUUGGAAGACCAAGGUGUUGGGGUUGAUGGUCCUCUGGUGGACGCUGAGGGCUACCCUCGAGCAGAUGUCAACCUUUACACGAUUAGGGACGCGAGGCACAAUAUUUCAUGCCUGCAGAAUGACCACAAAGCCAUCAUGGCAGAGAUAGAAGAAGCUCUGCACAAGCUGCAUGCUCGAGAGAAAGCCAAGCGGGAGCAAGAUGAGGCUGGAAGCCAGCAGGAGGCGAUGGAGCAGCAGCCCACUCUGCCUCCUCCUUUUGCUAAAGUGGAUGCUGUCACUGGCGGCUCGCCUGCCUUUAAAGCUGGUCUGAAGGUAGGAGAUGAAGUGAUUGAGUUUGGCUCUGUGAACACAAACAACUUCCAGAACUUGCAGAAUAUUGCUUCAGUUGUACAACACAGUGAAGGAAAACCUUUACGCGUCGCUGUGAUCAGAGACGGCCAAAAGGUUCAGAUGAGCCUGACUCCACAGCGGUGGUCCGGCAGGGGUCUGCUGGGAUGCAACAUCAUUCCAGUCCAGCGAUAAUCAUCAUAAGCUUUUUCCAGAUCGGAACCUGGGACUCUCAUUCUCCUUCCCUGAGUUUUGUUUUUGUACUCUAUUCAACAGAAGUUUGGAUUUAUAUUCAGUUUCUCAGUGUGAACAUUUAAACUUAUUAUCCGUGCAGUGACUCUGAAUGGAUUAUGUCAAAAUUGGAGCGCUGCAGCAAAGGGGACUGAAUUAAACAAACUACUAAGGAAGAAGUGGAUCAACUCUUGUGUUCUACCUGUUCUUUCCCCAAGGAGCUCAGAAGGAUCUGGUUAAUAUGGGUGCAGAUGAGUUUCUUCUAUAACUUCUAGACUGGGUGUGCACAAUAUUACUGGAGUUGAAUAAAGGUUGUUCCUGAAGAAAAUCAGCAAUAUUUUCACUUGUAUAAAAUGCAGUAAAUACAUUUCAUUCAGUCCCCAUGGGACCGGCUGCUGCAAAGAAAUGUAUUAAUUUAAUUAAUUCAGCAUAGGGUGAAUUAUUUUACAGAAAUAUAUUUUUUUUUAGAAAUGGCAGAGAUCAGUUUAUGCAGAUAUGGUUGUCAUUGGGUGGGAUUCCUUUUUUGAUGUUUGGACUGUUGAGGUAAUCUUCGGUUGUAAAAAUAAUUCCUAUAUUAACCUGGAUGUGGUUUAUAAUUGUGUUUUUUUUUAUAUUGACCUUCAAGGGAAAUGAUUUGAUAUUUUCAGCUGUACAUUAGACAAAGCAUCAGAGGUAGAACAUGAAAUAGAAGAUUUUUAACCUUUUAAUAGCGAUAAGAGUAAAGUGCUUCCUCUGAAGUGUAAAACAUUAAAAUCGGUGAUUAAAAAACCAAAAGCUACAAAAUACUGAUUUUUUUCCCCAGUAAAACAGGAAUCUGGUCGUGGAAAUAGAGACAUCCACCCAUUUGGACAGUUUUUAACUUAUUGCAUAUUUCUGAUUGAAACCAGGCAGUUCUCAAUGAGUGCAGCAACUGCUUUGGGUUGAAAAAAAUAUACAGUUAAGCCAUAUGUUUUUCUUAUCCUUUAUCUUUACACAAAGGCAGAAGCUUGUACAGAUCUUUUUCAAUGUGUGCUUUGCUUACAUUUAUUUUUUGCUUUCUUAUAAGAACAAAAAAGCUGAGUUGAUCUAGUGUGGGGAAGGAGCAGCAAUAAUCUGAAGAUAACCUCUCUGGAGUCCAAGUCUGUGGCCAAAUAUUUCCAAGAUUAAAAUAACAAACUUUGUUGUAAUUUUAAAUGAACAGAGUAUAAACACUGAAAAAUUAUUGAAUAUGCCUCCUAAUACGAAGAAGUUGAAACAAAAUGGAUAAAAGGAUAAAAUAUUAAGUGCAGCAGCGACAGGACUGUCAUAUUGUAAGGUUUUAAAAAGUGUGCAAAGAAUGUUUAAACGUUAACGGAACAAAAAUAAAAAUGGUGCAAAAAGGUUUUAAAUUCAAAUGGAUUUAAAAUUGUACAACCAUGCUGACACUGCAAAAUGUCAGACGUUCAGUUCUGAACUAUUAAAAUUAAAAGGAGUUUAAAACGUUUGCAUAACACAUCCAGACUCAAAUACAGUAUGUACAAAAAGCCAAACUAAUGGCUGGUUUAACGGCUCUUUGGAUGUUGCACAAGAUUCCCAGACUCUAAAGCUUAGAUUCUUCACCACUCCUUGUAUUUGAAACAAUACAGCUAUUUUAAAUCUAUUAUAUUCCUGGGAUCCAAUCCAAGUGCGGACCUUAACCUUUGCUUACAGUGUUGAUGUUGGAGCAAUUCUAGAAGCUUCACUUUAGCCUGAUUUAUCCUUUCUAAAAUGGAAACAUCAUUAGGUCGUCUUUACACGUGCUGAGGUCUCUUUCAGUGUUCCACCCACCACAACCUACCAGUGGUGUUGAGACAGGACCGCUGCAUGAUUAUAUCACUGCCGUGCCGAAUAGUUUGUCCUUGGUUGUUCAGUUUAUAGCCUUAAUUUGGAAAAACAUUUAUCAAUCUUCAUCUCUUCCGUUACAGUAAUUUUGUUGCUUCCUCAUGCAUAUCGUUAUGUGCAGACCUUCCAAUGUGCUCAACUACACUAUACAUUUCCAUUAAUCCCUUUAUCUGCGCAGGUGUUUAAUAAAAGUGUGUGAUUUUGUUGGCUGGUUUU